AUGCCUGCCGCUGCCAGUGGCGCACCCCGCCCGCAGCCCGGCAGCGGCAGCCAGCGCGCUGCUGACGACGACGUGCCCGAGCUGGCCGCACCGGCGCUGGCGGCACAGGCGCUGGCGCUGCUCACCGCCUUCCUCGCGCUCCUCGACGCGCCGCCCGCCAGCUGGCAGCCGCUGCACAGCGCCGCCGCUGCGGGCCCGGCGCCGGCACUCAGCGUCGCACGCCACGCCGCCGACGCCGCCCUCUUCCGCGUGCAGAGCGCCGUGCCCGCGCCGCCGCACGUGCUCUGGCCGCUGCUCGCCGAGCCGCGCCUGCGCGCGCGCUGGGAUGGCGCCGUGCAGGACGCCGCCGUGCUGGCGCGUGUGGCGCCGCUGGCCGCCGCCAAUGCGCGCCGCGAGCGCUUCGCCUUUGGCAGUGUGUUCAUGGUCAUGAAGCCGCGUCUGCUGCACCUCCUCUCGCUCGACGUGCUGCUGCCGCCGACGGCCUCGCACCCCGUGCGCCUCGCGUCGCUCUCGACGUCGCUGCCGCACGCGCCCAGCGCCACGCACACCGUCUUCAGCAUCUCGCUGUCCGGCUUUCUGCUCGAGGGCGAGGCGGGCGGCGCCGCAUGCCGCCUCACGCAGCUGUCGCACCUCGGCGAUGCGGCGCUGUGGUGUCCGGCCGCCGUAGUGCGCCUCGUCGCCUCGUCGCUCGUGCCGCGCAGCCUCAAGGCCGUCGCCAAGGCGGCGCAGGCCUACCAGCCGGAGCGCGGCGCCGCCGAGGCCUUCGCGGCCGAGGUGCGCGAUGAGGCCGUCAGCGGUGCCGAUCGCCGUCUGCCGAAGAGUCUGGAGACCAUCGUCGCGCAGGUGGAGCGCAUCACCGCCGAUGCCCAGCCAGCCGCGGCACCAUCGAGCGCACCGAGCACAGACCUUCCAGAGGACAGCACACCGGCGCCAUCCUCGACCGAGACUCGCGAUCAUGUGUCGGAUGCGCCGUCUAGCAAGCCGCAGGCGGCCACAGCAGAGCCCGAGCCGCCGAUCAUUGCAGGGACUGGAGGCGCGGAUGCCAUUGCUCAACGUCGCGCCGAUGAUGAGCCAAGCCAGAGCACCGAGGUGCACAUGAAGGUGUCCGGCGAUGUCAGCGUUGCUGCACCGCGCGAUACUGUCGCAGCGAGCGAUGACGUUUCGGGCCCUCGGGAAGCCGACAAUAGCGUGGACACAACAAGCCCGAGUGUCGCAGUGGAACAAGGCGAGAUGGCCGAAUCUGGCGGAGCUUUAGGCGGCGAAGAGCUCACUUGUCCAAGUUCUCCGGCCUCUGCUCCGUCUCUGCCGGGAGAGGAAGCUGUGCGCCUGCCACGGCUGCGCGUCGCAACGGCCGCCGAGCCGGGCCUCACGUCCGAGCACCUCGAAGCUGCGCUUCGUCGCAUGACGCGUGUGCUGUCCUUCGUCGAGGCCGACUCUGUACCGCGUGUCGACCCGGACUCGACGCUCGGGACCGACCAGCUGCUUGUCAAGGCCGAGGCGCUCCAAGAGCUCUUUGCAGAUGCUGUGCAUAUGCAGCUGCAGAGCAAGAUCGAGCCAUCUGCCACUCCAGCCCGUCCGCUCUCGAGGGCGCAGCAAGAGGCACACAGACUCAGCACGAUGCUGCUGCUUGGCGGCGACGCGCUGGCUCUGGCGAUCGCACCUGGAGCGCGCGAGAGCCACGUUCACGCCCCAGCAGAGGGUGCCGAAGUAGACUCUUCGACCGAGCCAGUAGCGAGCCUACCUGUCUCGCACGGCUCACCGGUGCUGGCCGGUGCCGCCUCGGCGCGAAUUGCAAGCGGGGCCACGACAGCCUCAAGCCAGCGCAGCAAGAUCAGUGGGUCGAGCAGACAGUCACUGGGCACCCGCUCGACCAGCCUGAGUCCUCACUCGAGCCCAGCCCUCGGCAGCGAGAGCGGUGUAAGCCAGGCGGGCUCCUCUACUUCGUGGGGCAGCAGCCUGGCGCAUGCUCCUUACACGCUCGCACUUGGCAUGAUGGCGCUCAGCUCCGUCGUCUUUGCUCCGGGCAAGGCCGAGGGCAGCUUUGUCUCCGCAGGCGACUCGACAGACGCCGCAUGUCUCUCGGCUGCGCGCAUGGCUCUGGAGGCCGCCGCCAAACGCUCGACGGCCGGCACUGGGCGGCAGAUCUCCGCCAAGCCGCCGUCUGCUCAUGCGCCCUCAUCUGCUCCUGCUGCAUCGACUGCGGCCUACUCGCCGAGCAAUGUCAAGCUGCAUCCCUUUCCUGCCUCACUCGGAAAGAGCAGCGGCGGCGCCGUCCUGCCGCCGCUCCGUCUCAAGGCCCGCGCACUCGAGCGCGCGCCCGAGCGAGACACUCUCUUCGAGGAAGACGUCCGAGCACAGGACCCGCUCCCGUCCGCGCCUCGUGAUGCCGACCAGCAGCCCGCUGCAGCGCCCGGCUACGUUGCCUGGCUCGCGAGCUACCUCGCGCCGUCGCGCUGAGCCCCCAUGCUUCACUUCACCUCUCCUUCUCUUCAUUCCCGGCUCCGUCGCACACCAUACCCAACCAUCACGCAUGCUCCG